UGGGCUUCGUUUUUGCCCCUGAAGCUCCAAACUAAGACUGGCUGACUGGCCUCGUAAGGUAAACUAUCAUGCAAGAACGAUCACUGAUCAGCUUCGCCGCAUGGGCUGAGCAGGUUUGUUCCUACUGUCCUUCUGUGCUUCUUAGCCCUCUCUUGAAAAACAGCCUCUAGUCCCCAUUCUGUCCAACCUCUUUUCCCUCUCAUCCGAUUCUCAUUUGCAUUCAUCUGUGUUACAUCAACUCACACUCGUUUUCCUAUCUCUCGCUAUUCUUCUCUACCAUUGCAAUCUGUACCAUUCAUCACCCUUUCUACCCUCAAGCCUGAUUUAUCCCCUCAUUUACGCGCCUAGUUGAAAACUUCCCGGAACACGCCGCGACAAUGGGUGCCAACAGCCAUUAUCGCUCACUCUCCAACGGCGAGUCAUUCCCUCUUGCUCCGCCAGAAAAAGAAGGAAGAACCGGCUGGGGAAAACAAUCCAUUCUCUUGACGCUAGCAACCGGCACAUUGUUCAUCGCAGUCAUCGCAGCUGUUUUAUCUACGGUCGGAUCGGCUGUGGUCUCAUAUAAAUCAUCCUCGACGACUGCCGUCGCGUCGUCCACAGCAUCAGCUGCCACAUCAACCGCCACUUCCUCCCUCCUCGAUGACGACUCGAUGAAAGCCACCGAGUCUGUCAAGACCACCGAUGCCGAUAUCCAGAGCUGCGGCUACAAUGCAGAGGAAGCCCGUGCCAAAGGAUGCAUCUUCGAUGUCAUGAUGCAGCUUUGGACACCAGCCGACUGCUACGAUCAACUCCUUUCCGAUCGCUUCCUGGCAGAGGGCAACUGGACCUGGUACGCGGACUCUGGCGGUGAGAAGACCUGGACUCUCGAGGAAAUGAGAAAGGGAGAACACGAUGCCGUCUACGUCGCUCAAGAAUACCACGUUACUCACUGCAUCUAUGCAUGGGAGAAGUUGGUUCGUGCCAUGAGAAAUCAAGAACCCCUCAUCACCGAAUUGAUCUCUUAUGACCACGUUAUUCACUGCCGUCACAAGACUCUUCAAAGGGGAUCCGGCGCUCCCCCAGUCCGUGGUGUCAGAGCUCCAACCGGUUACACACAAUGCGCACCAUAUUCGACCUGGACGAGUCACUUGCCAUCCAACGAGCACUCUUCGACCGAUUAAGCAUCUGCAAUUCGAAUUUAAAACAAAAAUUUGACUGCUUUAAAGGGUCCGUCAUUUCUCAGUCCAACAGGAUGGACGCGUACUUUUCUUGCUUCGCUUGCCGGUUGUCGCUGCACUCCUGACAAUAAAGCGCCGCAAUCAGGAUUUGGCAUUGGCAUGAAACCACUUGCCAAUCAGUCCUCAGCUAUCCCCGCUUCGACUUUAUGUCAAGAAUUUGGGAAACAUCUACCCCGUCAAAUCGGUGUAGGUCGAGCCAAAGCAGAUAAGGCGGCAUCUGGUGGAGACAGCAGAAUGCCAACCCGAUAUAGCGCACAUCUGCUCUAUACUGGACUCUUGUCCUUUUGUGUAUAUAUUCCUUCUGUUGGUUUCAGGAUCUGUUAUGACUCGGGAUACUUUUUUGGGGCGUACUCAUUCGAUAAGUGAGGUAAUUGCCUUUUUUCUAAUACACCAUUCAUCAACCAUCAAU